UGCGGCUCUCGCCCCGACCCUGCCCCGUACCCCGGCUUGGUCCGCUGCUAGGGGUAUCCCGGGCCGUAGCCUCGGGCGGGGGCGCCCGCACUUCGGGGCGCUCGGUCAGACUUCCGGGCCGAACCAUGGGGCGGGAGGGGCUGUCCCGGUGGCCGCAGCCGAGUUGCCGCCCCCUGUGCUAUGAGCAGUCAGAGCGCCGUCUCCACAAGAGUUUACAAAUGAAAAUGGAGGAAAUGUCUUUGUCUGGCCUGGAUAACAGCAAACUAGAGGCCAUCGCUCAGGAGAUUUAUGCAGACCUGGUCGAGGAUUCGUGUUUGGGGUUCUGCUUUGAGGUGCACCGAGCCGUUAAGUGUGGCUACUUCUUCCUGGAUGACACGGACCCAGACAGCAUGAAGGAUUUUGAGAUCGUGGACCAGCCUGGGCUGGACAUCUUUGGACAGGUUUUCAACCAGUGGAAGAGCAAGGAGUGCGUCUGCCCCAACUGCAGCCGAAGCAUUGCCGCGUCCCGCUUCGCGCCGCACCUGGAGAAGUGCCUGGGCAUGGGGCGCAACAGCAGCCGAAUCGCCAACCGCCGGAUUGCCAACAGCAACAACAUGAACAAGUCGGAGAGUGACCAAGAGGACAACGAUGACAUCAAUGACAAUGACUGGUCCUAUGGCUCGGAGAAGAAAGCUAAGAAGAGGAAAUCAGACAAGCUGUGGUAUUUCCCAUUCCAGAACCCCAAUUCCCCACGAAGAUCCAAGUCUUUAAAACAUAAAAAUGGGUUCUCUGUCUGUACCUCUGCAUCAAACACCCUUCCUCUUCUUUUUUCUUCUUCAGGGGAGCUUAGCAAUUCGGAUCCAUUCAAGUACAGCAACUCUGCUGGGAUCAGCUAUGAGUCACUGGGGCCGGAGGAGCUGCGCAGCCUGCUCACCACGCAAUGUGGAGUGAUUUCGGAACACACCAAGAAGAUGUGCACAAGGUCCUUGCGCUGUCCCCAGCACACAGACGAGCAGAGGCGGACUGUGCGGAUUUAUUUCCUCGGGCCUUCAGCGGUCCUCCCGGAGGUGGAGAGCUCGCUGGACAAUGACAGCUUUGACAUGGCCGACAGUCAGGCCCUCCUUAGCCGACUGCAGUGGGACGGCUCCUCUGACCUCUCACCCUCGGACUCGGGCUCCUCGAAGACCAGUGAAAACCAGGGAUGGGGCCUAGGCAGCAGCAGCUCUGAGUCCCGGAAGGCCAAGAAAAAGAAGGCACACCUGGGCCUGGCAGGUGCUGCAUCUGGUCUGGGCGCCAGCAAGAAAAAGAGGCCCAAGCCCCCGGCACCCCCAACGCCCAGCAUCUACGACGACGUCAACUGACGGCAAAGGGGCCGCCUUUGGCUGAGCAGAGCCCGCCCGACCCCACCGGGCGCCGAGCUGGGCACAUGGACGCUGCUGGGGUUCAGGCUCGGGAGCUUGGAGCCGGGCAGGCAGGGGAGGCCCAUGAGAGCGCCCCUGGGGGGUGCUGGGUCCUCUGUGGUGGCCUCGGACCUGGACAUGUUCGUUAUGCGUGGACACAGUUCGGUGGGAGGCAGUUUUCCUAUUUAUUCUGUGAGUUACUGGAUGUCUGGCCAGGCCCGGGGCCUGGCCCGGGCACUGCCCCGCACACUGCCUGCCUUGCCCAGGAACUGGACUUGGCCCCAGGAGGCUCCGGGCAAUGCAAAGGGGUCUGAGCUGUCCCAGGGCAGUGGGCACAGAGCCCACAAUACCUGGCCAGUGGGCGGCUGCUAGGUGGCGCCCAGGACUGCACCGCCUCCCCCACCCACGCAGCCCCUCCAUCCCCACGGGUUCCCUGGCAGCCAGAGCUGUCCCUCGUCAGCAGGUGCCAGGAAAGGGCCGCAGCCUCGAAGCUUCAAGGAGCGGAAAGCGGAGGGUGGGGUAGGGCCCUGUCACCUGGGCUCCACCAUCCCUCCUGUCCGUCCCAGCGGGCGGCCGACCCUGGCCUGGGCGGCAAGGAGGCCCGCGGUGAGGGAACGGUGCUGCUUUAUUUGAAAUGUUUUCUUACCUCAUUCCCUGCCCCAGGAAGGGGCGCAGCCUCGCCCUCCUGGGGUGGCCCCUUGUCCCAUGCCCGCCCUGCCGCUACCCUGGGGCAGCCCAGCCCCAUGCUGCUGCUUGCCACCUUCCCCAUCCCAGCCUUGUUCUGCUCUGUCCCUGCCUCCAGGCUGCCCUACUCCCUCCUGCGCCGCUUUUAAGUUAUUUAUUCUGUACUUGUGGUUUGGGGCUCCAGAGACAGUCUUUAACUUGUGCCUCUCCCUGCCGGCAGUAGGUAGAAAGAGGGUAGCUUUGGCUCCAGAUCCAGUGGAGGGGAUGGGGUGGUGUCGCUCCCAUGGGAGGGUGUGUCAGUGUGCCUGCCAGCCUGGUCUACAUCUGGAGAGAUGUACAGCCCUGUGCCAGGCCGGAGGGACAGAGGUGACUGAUGGGGCCUGUCCCCAGCACGUGCUGGCUGUGUCCCCCAUUUGAGUAGCUGGUACCCAGGACUGCUCGGACUGAUUUGGGUUGGGGACCCUAGAGGGUUGUGGGAACAACAGGACAGGGCUGUGGGACCCUGUCUGGAACCCCAGUUUCUUCCUGGGGUGCUUUUGAUUGUGGCUGAACCCUGGUUACAAAUUGGUUUUUAACCCAAGUAUUGUGAUUAUUUUUUAAAAAGGCAAACCCGUUUUUGGCAGCAGAUAGAAUAAAUCCUGGGGCCUGGGUGCCUCUCUUCUCGCCCUUGCGGCCUCCUCCUCCAGGGCUGCCCAGUUGGGAAUGGGCUGGAGGUGAGGCGUGCAAGGUUGGGGCUCCCACCUAACCCCUGCCCCAGCCUCUCUGGGGAAGGAGGAUGUGGGGGCAGUCUGGGGACAGGUCUGUCCGCGCACACCCCCAUCUGGGUGGGUGGAAGGAGGCAGCAGACCCCAGCCUCCGCAGUGCCCUGUAUCUCGCCCUGUGUCUGAGUGUGGGGUCUGUUAAUCCCACGGCCGGUGGCUUCCCUUCCAUGCAUCGCUCCCCCCGCAUGCCCGGGGCCACCCGCCUGGCAUCACCGCAUGCUGGGGUCAUUGGGGGAGGGGGGGGGCUCACGCUGUCCUGUGGUCUUGAGAUUUUUAUUUUUGCAUAUAUAAUCCAUCCUGUACAGGUAGCUAACUUUGUAAACGCUGUGUACCCUCUGCCCAUGGCUGCUGGUGUAAAUAAACUGCAUCUCCCGUUGGUA